AAGGCUGUGCACGAUUCACUGUCUUCUCUAGGAUACAGCUCGCUUCCCUCCUCGUCUCAGUGCUCCUCUCUCUUCCCACUCAAGUGUAUCUGAUCCGUCUCUCCCGCACAACUCCUCUGUUUCGCAAUAACUCUGAGGAUGACUCCUUCGGAAACCUCCAGCCACAUAUGCCCGUUCCCCAGCUCAUGGCUGUACAGGACGACUCAACACUCUUGGGCUUCCCUCGUGUGGACCUGCCCUCUCUAAAGUGGAUCCACAGCAGACCAGCAGCUCAAGCCGGUCUCCUUUAGGAAAGGGCACGUUCAUUCAGACCUCGUCUUUCAGCCUACAAGCACACAGAGAACAAGACCUUCAGAGCCGAAGCUUAUAGAUUGCUAGAGGAAGCAUAGACGGUCAUAUAUAAAGAUGGAGCAGGAGAUUUCAAAAGUGCAGCGUAAGAUGUCAGACCUGGAGUCAGUUCUGCAGCAGAAAGAUGUGGAGCUCAAGGCUUCUGAAACACAAAGGACCAUCUUAGAACAAGACCUGGCCACCUAUAUCACCGAAUGCAGCAGUUUGAAGCGCAGUUUGGAGCAGGCCCGCAUGGAGGUGUCGCAGGAGGAUGAUAAAGCUCUGCAGCUCCUGCACGACAUACGGGAGCAGGGCAACAAACUGCAGGAAAUUAAAGAACAGGAGUACCACGCUCAGCUGGAGGAAAUGCGUGUGUCUAUUCGUCAGCUGGAGGAGAACCUGUCCGCCGCUCGCCGCCGCAGUGACCUGUACGAAUCCGAGCUGAAAGAGUCUCGCCAGACCAGCGAUGAGCUCAAGAGGAAGGCUGUGGAAUACCAGCAGAAGAUUCAGAAGGCUAAAGAACAAGGCAAAGCUGAGAUGGAAGAACUUCUGACUAAAUUGCAGAAGACCAAUGCAGAGCAGCAAGUAAAGAUGGAAGAGCUCCAGGAGAAGCUUGCCAAGGCCGUGAAGGCGAGUACAGACGCCACUGAACUCCUGCAGAACAUCCGUCAGGCUAAAGAACGUCUGGAGCGGGACCUGGAGCGUCUGCACACCAAAGAGGACUCCACCGACAGCCUGCGCAGACGCCUGCGAGACACUGAGACGAUCAAUGCCAUGGAGUCAAAGAUGACCAGUCUGGAGCAGAGGAUCACAGAGCUGUCCGAGGCCAACAAACUGGCAGCCAACAGCAGCAUUUACACGCAGAAAAACAUGAACGCCCAAGAGGAGAUGAUAUCUGAGCUCAGGCAGCAGAAGUUUUAUCUGGAAUCUCAGGCUGGAAAACUGGAGGCCCAGAAUGCAAAGCUGGAGGAACAUCUGGAGAAACUGACACAACAAGAGCAGACUAACAAGAGCAGAGUGCUGGAGCUGGAGGCCAGACUGCGAGAGGCCCAUCGGGAUGAAAUCCAACGCAAGUUUGAUGCCCUUCGAGACAGCUGUGCGGUGAUCACGGAUCUGGAGGAGCAGCUGACGCAGCUGACGCAGGAGAACUCCGAGCUGAACCGACAGAACUUCUACCUGUCCAAACAGCUGGACGAGGCCACGGACGAAAACGAGGACAGACUGCAGCUCAAGCAGGACGUGGAGCGCCUGCGCCGGGAGGUGGCCGACCGAGAGAUGCACCUCAACAACCAGAAACAGAACAUCGAGACGCUGAAGACCACAUGUACGAUGCUGGAGGAGCAGGUGCUGGAGCUGGAGACGCUGAACGAUGAGCUGCUGGAGAAGGAGAGACAGUGUGAGAACUGGAGAUCUGCCCUGGAAGAGGAGAAGAACCAGGCGGAGCGCAGAGCCAGAGACAUGCAGAGACAACUGGACAACGAGAAGCAGAACAGACUCCGUGCAGAGCAGCGCAAUUCUGAGUCUCGUCAGGCUGUUGAACUGGCGGUCAAAGAGCACAAAGCUGAAAUCCUGAUACUGCAACAGGCCCUGAAAGACCAGAAACUCAAAGCUGAAGGUCUUUCUGAUACUCUGAGCGAUCUGGAGAAGAAACACGCCAUGCUGGAGAUGAACGCGCGCAGCCUGCAGCAGAAGCUGGAGUCGGAGCGAGAACUCAAACAGAGGCUCAUGGACGAGCAAGCAAAACUGCAGCAGCAGCUGGACAUGCAGAAGAGCCACAUCUUCAGACUGACACAAGGACUUCAGGACGCGCUGGACCAGACGGACCUUCUGAAGACCGAGCGGACAGACCUGGAGUACCAGCUGGAAAACAUACAGGCGGCGUACUCUCACGAGAAGGUCAAGAUGGAGGGGACCAUCACCCAGCAGACCAAGCUCAUAGACUUCCUGCAGGCCAAGGUAGAGCACCCCUCUAAGAAGAAAAAGGGGCUCUUUGGUGGCCGGCGUCGAGAGGAUCUGCUGGCGGCGCAGGGACAGACGCAGGUGCCCGCUGUGCCCGCCGUGGCCCCUGUUCCCCUGCAGUACAACGACCUGAAGGUGGCGCUGGAGAAGGAACGCACUCGCUGCUCGGAGCUGGAAGAAGCCCUGCAGAAAACACGCCUGGAGCUCAGAGAGGCAGUUCAGUUUAAUAAAGCUCUGGAGCACAGCAGUACUCCAGCCACUCCGGGUUUGGCUCGUCAGCAGCUCAUGAUGUCCACCAAAUCCAACAAAUCCCCCGAGCACCAGCCCAGCAGCGGCCUGGUGUCGUCCAGCUCCGGCCGCAGGAAGGACGCUGCCAAUCCUGAAGAGUACACCAGACGUGUGAAGGACAGGAUUCAUCACAACACUCCUCACCGCUUCACGCAGGGGCUCAACAUGAGGGCGGCCCGCUGCACCGUCUGUCUUGACACCGUCCAUUUUGGACGGCAAGCCGCGACAUGCAUCGAAUGUCAUGCUUUGUGCCACCCAAAAUGCUCCCCGUACCUUCCAGCCACCUGUGGCGUGCCCACCGAAUACGCACUGCAUCUGUCCGAGGCUCUGUGCCGGGAAAAGGGAAACACUUCCGGCCUGAAAGAUGUCGGAGGACACAUGAGGCUGGAAGGAUGGCUGAAGCAGCCCAGAAAUGGGAAGCGUGGCCAGGGCUGGGAGAGGAAGUACGUGGUGCUGGAUGGAUAUAAAGUGAUCACCUACGAGACAGAACCAAGAGACGAGUCGGUGAAGCCGCUGGAUGAGUUUGAGUUGUGUCUCUCUGAUGGAGACGUGACUGUUCAUUCUGCUGUCGGUGCUUCUGAGCUGCCCAACACGGCCAAGACAGAUGUGCCGUAUGUGGUGAAGUUGGAGUCGUCUCCGCAGUCGACAUGCUGGCCCGGUCAGACUCUGUACCUCAUGACCUCGGGGUUUUCUGAGAAACAACGCUGGGUGGCCGUGCUGGAAGCCAUUGUGGCCAGCAGUCGUGGGGCGAGAGAGAAAGCCGAAGCAGACGCUAAAUUGUUGGGGAACUCCUUACUCAAGCUAGAAGGAGAUGAUCGCCUGGAUAUCAACUGCACCCUCCCGCUGACUGACCAGAUUGUAUUGGUUGGCUCCGAGGAAGGUCUCUAUGCCCUGAAUGUGAUUAAGAACUCCCUCACUCACAUCCCGGGUCUGGGAUCCGUGUUUCAGAUCUACAUCAUCAAGGAGCACGACAAGCUGCUGAUGAUCGUGGGGGAUGAACGGGCACUGUGUCUGGUGGAGAUUAAGAAAGUGAAGCAGUCUCUGUCCCAGUCUCACCUCCCCACACUACCUGAGAUUGUGCCGUAUAUCUUUGAGACCGUCAAGGGCUGUCAUCUAUUCGCCGCGGGCAGGAUAGAAAAUGGUCCAUGCAUUUGUGCUGCAAUGCCCAAUAAAGUCACAAUUCUACGAUACAACGACAAUCUGAACAAAUUCUGUAUACGGAAGGAGAUUGAAACGCUCGAGCCGUGCAGCUGUAUCCACUUCACCAGCUACAGCAUCAUCAUUGGUACCAAUAAAUUCUACGAGAUUGAGAUGAAGCAGUGUGUUCUGGAUGAGUUCCUGGACAAGAAUGACGUGUCGCUGGCAUCGGCUGUGUUCACUGGAUCCUCCCACAGUUUCCCCAUCUCCAUCGUCCAGGUGUCCAGCACUCCGCAGAAGGAAGAAUAUCUGCUCUGCUUCCACGAGACCGGUGUGUUUGUGGAUGCUUACGGUCGAAGAAGUCGCCCUGAUGAUCUCAAAUGGAGUCGACUUCCCCUGACAUUCGCAUUCAGAGAGCCAUACCUGUUUGUGACCUACUUCAACUCGCUGGAUGUUAUUGAGAUUCAGGGCCAUGCAUCGCUUGGGCCUCCCAGUCUCGUUCACUUGGACAUUCCUAACCCGCGUUAUCUGGGUCCGGCCAUAUCGUCUGGUGCCAUUUAUCUGGCCUCGUCCUAUCAGAACAAACUGCGGGUCAUCUGCUGUAAGGGCAGCCUGGUGCGGGAGUCUGGGGAACUGCAGAGGACCGGUUCGAGCAGGAGCCCAAACAAGCGCGGGCCGCCGACCUACAACGAGCACAUCUCCAAGCGCCUGGCCUCGGGUCCCGGGGCCCAGGAGGGGCCGCUGCACCGCGAGCCCAGCACCCCUCACCGCUACCGCGAGGGCCGCACGGAGUUCCGCAGGGACAAAUCUCCAGCCCGGCCUCUGGAGCGCGAGAAAUCGCCCGGUCGGGCUGUGCUAGACAGUCGCAGGGAGAGGUCACCCGGGCGCUUCGAGAGCAGCGGCAGCGAGAGAGACCGGGAGCGUUCGCGCCUUCACACUAGCUCUGUACGCACCCAGCUGACCCCCGUCAACAAGGUACGCAUGAGACACUGCCACGUAAACUGUGUAUCCUCUUAGGGAUACAAACAUCAGGUUUGACGAUGUUCAUGCAUGCACAAAUGCAUGAACAUCAGCUGCUUUGUAGUUAAAUUCCUUCUAGUUAUGGCCUCAAACAGGAUGCUCAGCAGCAGUAAUGAUGUUUCUGAGCUGAUCUGCGUCAGACAGGGCAGGCAGCCUGUUGAAGUGUUGAAGUGACCUCUUUAUCCUGGUGGUG